UGGACCUCACGGACCAGGGAGCGCAAAUGGAGCCGCUGCUGCCCACGGAGCAGAGUUCACAGGACAGUAAAGACGUGAGAACUGAUGAGGAGGCAGUGGUGGACCGUGGGGGCACCCGGUCCAUGCUCACGACCAACUUUGAAAAGGAAGAACUAGAAGGUCACCGUACUCUGUAUAUCGGGGUCCACGUUCCUCUGGGGAGACGGUCACACAGACGUCACCGACACCACGGCCACAGACACAGGAAGAGGUCCAAGGAAAGAGACUCCACAGCCGAAGAUGGACGAGAGUCUCCGUCACACACAGACACUCCAGCUCAGAGGGUGCAGUUUUUGUUGGGGACAGAAGAUGGCGACGAGGAGCACAUCCCCCACGCUCUGUUCACAGAGCUGGAUGAAAUCUGCCUCAGGGAGGGCGAGGACGCAGAAUGGAAAGAGACAGCGAGGUGGCUAAAGUUUGAGGAGGACGUAGAAGAUGGCGGCGAGCGCUGGAGUAAACCCUACGUGGCCACUCUGUCUCUACACAGCCUGUUUGAGCUCCGCAGCUGCAUCAUGAACGGGAUCGUGAUGCUGGACAUGAGGGCUAACUCGCUCGAGGAGAUAGCAGAUAUGGUUCUAGAUCAACACGAAUCAUCUGGUGCGGUCGGAGAAGACGCCAGAAGAAGAAUCCGAGCCGCUCUUCUUAAACAACACCACCACCAAAACCACAAGAAACUGGCCAACCGCAUCCCGAUCGUGCGCUCGUUCGCAGAUAUCGGCAAGAAACAGUCUGAACCACACUCCAUGGACAAGAACGGCCAAACCGUCUCCCCCCAAAGCCAGCCCGCGACCACGGAAGGCAAGCAGGACGUGAGCAGAGAAAACAGCGCCGUCGACUUCAGCAAGAUCGACCUCCACUUCAUGAAAAAAAUCCCACCCGGAGCAGAGGCGUCGAACGUGCUGGUAGGAGAGCUGGAAUUCCUGGAUCGGCCCGUGGUAGCGUUCGUUCGCUUGUCUCCCGCUGUUCUUCUCAACGGUCUGGCCGAGGUUCCGAUCACCACGAGGUUUCUGUUCAUUCUUCUCGGGCCUCUGGGGAAAGGGCCUCAGUAUCAUGAGAUUGGAAGAUCUAUUGCUACGCUGAUGACAGAUGAGAUUUUCCAUGAUGUCGCGUAUAAAGCCAAAGACAGAAGUGACUUGAUCGCUGGGAUUGAUGAAUUCCUGGACCAAGUGACGGUGUUACCUCCUGGAGAAUGGGACCCGUCCAUCAGAAUAGAGCCUCCAAAAAACGUCCCCUCUCAGGAAAAACGCAAGAUUCCCCCCGUGCCCAAUGGCGUUACCGAUCUGGGAGAGUCCGAAGAUCACGGAGGACACGGAGGACCGGAGCUACAGCGCACUGGGAGGUUUUUCGGCGGCUUUGUUUUGGACAUCAAGCGAAAGGCGCCGUUUUACCUGUCGGACUACACGGACGCCGUUAACCUGCAGUGUCUGGCCUCCUUCCUCUUUCUGUACUGCGCCUGUAUGUCUCCUGUCAUCACGUUCGGCGGUCUGCUGGGAGAGGCGACGGAGGGACGAGUGAGCGCGAUCGAGUCCCUGUUUGGAGCGUCCAUGACUGGGAUUGCCUACUCCUUAUUCGCUGGACAACCCCUCACUAUCCUGGGGAGCACAGGGCCUGUCCUUGUGUUUGAGAAAAUCCUCUUUAAGUUCUGCAAGGAGUACGGCUUGUCCUACCUGUCCCUCAGAUCGUGCAUUGGCUUGUGGACGGCCUUCUUCUGCCUGUUGUUAGUGGCGACCGAUGCCAGUUCUCUGGUCUGUUACAUCACGCGCUUCACUGAAGAAGCCUUCGCCGCUCUGAUCUGCAUCAUCUUCAUCUACGAGGCCCUGGAGAAGCUGAUCCACCUGGGAGUGCACUACCCCAUCAACAAGAACAACAACCUGCAGACGCUCACCAUGUACUCGUGCGCCUGUGUGGAGCCCAGCCACCCGAGUAAUGAGACCGUUCUAUUGUGGGAACAGAGGAACAUCACAGCCUCGGAGGUCAACUGGACGAGUCUGGAGGUCGCGGAGUGUGAGAAGUUACACGGGGAGUUUGUGGGAGCCGCCUGUGGAGCACAUGGGCCGUACAUACCUGAUGUUCUCUUCUGGUGUGUGAUCCUCUUCUUCUCAACGGUCUCCAUGUCUGCAUUUCUCAAAGAGUUCAAAUUCAGUCGCUAUUUCCCCACCAAGGUUCGGUCCAUCAUCAGUGACUUUGCCGUCUUCAUCACGAUCCUCACUAUGGUUCUCGUGGAUUAUAGUUUAGGAAUUCCAUCGCCCAAGCUUCAAGUUCCCAGCAAGUUCAAACCCACCCGGGACGACCGUGGCUGGCUCAUAAACCCAGUGGGACCAAACCCCUGGUGGACGACCAUCAUCACCUUCAUCCCUGCUCUGCUCUGCACCAUCCUCAUCUUCAUGGACCAGCAGAUCACAGCCGUCAUCAUCAACAGGAAGGAGCACAAGCUCAAGAAAGGCUGUGGUUAUCACCUGGACCUGUUUGUGGUGGGGGUCAUGCUGGGGGUCUGCUCUGUGAUGGGGUUGCCCUGGUUCGUCGCCGCCACGGUGCUGUCCAUCUCCCACGUCAACAGUCUGAAGCUGGAGUCCGAGUGCUCCGCUCCGGGGGAACAGCCCAAGUUUCUGGGGAUCAGGGAGCAGCGGUUCACCGGCCUCAUGAUCUUUACACUGAUGGGCUGCUCCGUGUUCAUGACCUCUGUCCUCAAGUUCAUUCCCAUGCCUGUGCUGUACGGCGUGUUCUUGUACAUGGGGGCGUCUUCACUCCGGGGCAUCCAGUUCUUCGAUCGUCUGAGGUUGUUCGGGAUGCCAGCCAAGCACCAGCCGGACUUCAUCUACCUCCGCCACGUCCCGUUACGUAAAGUUCACCUGUUCACCAUCAUCCAGCUGAGCUGUUUGAUCCUGCUGUGGGUCAUCAAGACGUCCAGAGCCGCCAUCGUGUUCCCCAUGAUGGUCUUGGCUCUGGUGUUUAUAAGGAAACUGCUGGAUUUCAUCUUCUCCAAACGAGAGCUGAGCUGGUUGGACGACCUGAUGCCAGAGUGGAAGAAGAAGAAACUGGAAGAUGCUGCACAGGAGGAGGAGCACAGUAUUAUCGCGGAAGAAGGCAUUGUCCAGGUCCCACUUGAAUGUCACUUCAAGAGCGAUCCUUCCACUGUGAACAUCACCGACGAAAUGUCCAAAGGAUCUUUCGGAAACGUGUGGAAGAACGUGAACCCAGAGACCGCCAAAAAAGAGAAGGAGCCCGGGUCAAAAAGUUCCAGUAGCGGUGGGAAGCGCCACAAGCGGCGGAGACAUAACAAGAGCUUGGACAGAGAGACGAGUUUGUGAGGAAGAGGUGGAAGAGGAGGAAGAGGAGGAGGAGGGUUUGCUGGUGGUGCCACUGUGCUGUCUGCCACAUUUAAAACAAUUCCGUGCCACUCACCUUUGUACUGUGCUACACUGUGUAUCGUCAUGUCUGUCUGUGUGCUGCUUACGUGUAAAAUCUUAUUAUAUAUUACAUACAUGACCAAAAGGAGCAUUAUAACUGUUUCUUUUAACUAUAUCAAAGUUUAAUCGAACCAGC